GGGCCAGGCUGAUGAUUCCUAACCUGCUGAGCCACUUUCCUCUCAUCCUUGUACCCAAACAGCCUCUCCUGAGCAGCGCCUGCAUCAGAUAGAGCUCUGGGGUCACCUGUGGAUAAGCCCAUCUUUUUGGCUUGGAAGGUCUGGCCAGUAGGCACAUGUGGGGAAGAGGUGACUUUGACACUGAGGCUGGAGCUGUGUCCACCUCAGAGCCCACUGUGGCCAGAUAUGAGCCAGAGAGACUUGCCCUGGCUCAGAAGUCACUGGCCCCCAAGGUCAGGAAGCCAGGGAGGAAGCCACCAAGCCCUGGCCUGGAGAAAGCAGAGGCAGCUGCUGGGGAAGAGUCCUGUGGUGCCUCCACUACCCCUGCUGCCAGUGCCAGCCCGCCUGGCCCCACGCUGAAGGCCCACUUCCGCAGUCUGCUGGAGACCACCUGGUUCAGUGGGCUGGUCCUGCCCACCCGGGGCCACAAGGCCUCAAGAUCAGACUGGCCUUCACCCCGCCCACAACUGCUAGACCGCCAGAGCCCUCACCUGUAGUGCUGGUUGUCGGUGCCAUGUGUACGGCGGUCACUCUCCAGCCUUCCUUCUGCCUUCCCAGCUGCCCAGGCCAGGAGUGGAUGCAGGGGCCAUGGCUGCUUUCCUGGAGGGAGUCCAGCUCUGACCCUGGGCCCCACCCAGGGUGGGCUGAGAGCCUCUGAGCUUUUCAUGUGAGGGUGUUUAUUGGAUAGGACUCUUUCCCAUUCUUCCCUAGAGAACACACACAUGGGCUCUGGAGCCCGACAGGCCUGGGCUUGAAUCCCCGCUCGUGUUCUUGCUGUGUGACCUAGGCAAGACACGUCACCUCUGCUGAGCCCUAAUU